AUGCCGACCAGUGCAGUGUAUCAGCCUACAACGGUGACCUAUGAACAACAGCCGACCGACCAACGGUGGAACUGUCCCAUCAGCUACUUCUCACGGCGGGUGACAAGUACCUUGAACAGGGCAGUUUGCGUCCGAAUUGGAUUAUGUUUACUGGGCAGCACACUUUUUGUCAUCGGUCUGGCGCUGUUAAUUGCCGGUGGAGUGCAGUAUUCAAACGCGCCGCCAACACCGACCCCCGACGGCGCUGAUAACGGCAUCGGCACACUUAUCGCAGGAGGGGUCAUCCUUUUCCUUGGAUUACUGUUUGCUGGUGUAGGUGGUUGGGCCUGGUCGAAGCUUGGCGGGGGUAAGGAAGCUCCUGCCAGCGGAGCAGCGGCUCUUACGGCGCUUAAUCCAUCAACGGAUCCCUUGGUAGCUGCACAGUACGCACCUGUCCGUGACGCGCCGCCAGCGCCAGAUGACGAAAUGCGUAAUCUUAUGGACAAUAAGGACUGUCUAAGCAGUGCGGAAGAAAGCGACAAAAUGCUGGAUGGCAGGCCAUCAGUAGCGUAA